GAGAGAGAGAGAGAGAGAGAGAGAGAGAGAGAGAGAGAGAGAGAGAGAGAGAGAGAGAGAGUGCCAGUAGAGACAGUGAUGCUCUGAGAAUGAGAAUGGAAUGGCAGUGAGACCGAGCGAGCGUAAGCGCGAGAGAACGCGAGUGAGCUCACACUGAGAGAGUCUACACAUCAACAGGAGAGAGAAGCAAAGCUGACCACCGGCAACUCUGAAGAGUGACAUAGAGAGAAGGAGAGAGAGAAGAAGAAGAGGAGGAGAAGAGAGGAAGACAGAACAGAAGAGUUAAAGCUAUAUCCCUGGCAAAAGGAAGAUCAUUGAGGGACUGUAACACCCAUCCAGAACUGCACAGAAGAGCACUGUUGUGUGUGUGCCAACUUUAAUUUCACACACUCGCCCACUGUGUAUCAGAGGUUCACCCUCUUCCUCUCCAGCCAUGCUCCCCUGGGUCGUUGUGUUCCUGUGGAUCUCCGGACAUGGGGUCCAGGCCAUGUUCUCCCAGCAGCCCCAGGACCUGGUGGUGGUGGCCGGCCAGCCAGUCACCCUGCCCUGCUCCAUCCCUGGCUACCAUGGUGUUGUCCUGUGGAUCAAAGAUGGCCUGGCUCUAGGCGUUGGCAGAGACCUAUCAGGCUACCCUCGUUACACAGUGAUUGGGGACCACAGUACAGGGGAACACCACCUUCGGAUCCAACGUGUGGAGCUGAUGGAUGACGCGGUCUUUGAGUGCCAGGCAAUCCAGGCAGCCAUGAGGUCCCGCCCCGCCCGACUCACUGUGCUGGUUCCUCCUGAGGACCCAGUAAUCAGUGGUGGUCCGGUGGUGAGCCUGAGAGCAGGAGAUCCCCUAAACCUGACCUGCCAUGCUGACAACGCCAAGCCAGCCGCAUCCAUCAUCUGGAUCCGCAAUGGAGAGGUACUCAAUGGAGCCAUGUACUCCAAGACACUGCUUCGUGAUGGAAGGAGGGAGAGUACGGUUAGCACCCUCUACCUGUCUGCAUCCAACAUUGAGACAGGCCAGCAGAUCAUCUGUCGAGCAUCCAACAAGGCUGUGCCCAAUGGCAAAGAGACCAGCGUCAAUAUCGACAUCCAGCAUUUGCCACUUGUCAAUCUGUCAGUGGAGCCUCAACCCAUUCUGGAAGGAAACCUGGUCAAGUUCCACUGCUCGGCCAAGGCUAACCCACCCGUCACACUGUAUAGGUGGGCCAAAGGAGGCAACGUGAUCAAGGAGGUCUCUGGGGACACUUAUGAGGUCAUUGUGGACCACUCCUUCUACACUGAACCUGUCUCCUGUGAGGUCACCAACCCUCUGGGCAGCACCAACAUCAGCCGCAAUGUCGACGUCUACUUUGGUCCACGCAUGGCUGCAGAGCCCCAGUCCUUACAGGUGGAUCUGGGGUCUGAUGCUGUGUUCAACUGUGCCUGGACGGGAAACCCCUCCCUCACCAUCGUCUGGAUGAAGAGGGGCUCUGGAGUGGUACUAAGUAACGAGAACAUCCUGACACUCAAGGCUGUGAAACAGGAAGAUGCUGGGAAAUAUGUGUGCCGUGCCGUGGUCCCACGAGUAGGCGCUGGGGAGAAGGAGGUUUCUCUCACCGUCAACGGCCCGCCCACCAUCUCCAGUACCCAGACACAUCAGGCUCUCCACGGGGAGAAGGGAGAGAUCAAGUGCUUCAUCCGGAGCACUCCACCUCCAGACCGCAUCGCCUGGUCAUGGAAGGAGACAGUGCUGGAGUCAGGGACAUCUGGCCGUUACACGGUGGAGACGGUCAGCACCGAGGAAGGGGUCAUCUCUACUCUGACCAUGAGUAACAUCGUCCCUGCAGACUUCCAGACCAUCUACAACUGCACAGCCUGGAACAGCUUUGGGUCUGACACAGAGAUCAUCCGCCUCAAGGAACAAGAGUCUCUCCCGGUGGCGGUCAUCAUCGGGGUGGCAGUCGGGGCCUUGGUGGCUUUCAUCGUCCUCAUGGGGACCAUCGGAGCUUUCUGUUGUACCCGCUCUCAGAGAAAGGAAGCACACCUGGUUAUGCCCUCACUACCCGUCUCCAUCUGUGCUCACCAGAGAGAACUUGCAAGCAAAAUUAAGACAGAAAAUCUAAAAGGGGUGGUGUCGGCCAAGAACGACAUCCGAGUGGAGAUUGUCCACAAAGACCACAACGCGGCCCGGGAAAACGAGGAGCACACCGCCAUGAAGCAACUGAUGGUGAGUGUAGAACGUGGGGAGUUCCAGCAGGAGUCAGUGCUGAAGCAGCUAGAGGUGCUGCAAGAGGAGGAGAAAGAGUACCAGCAUAUCAAGGACCCCACCAAUGGAUACUACAGUGUCAACACCUUCAAGGAGCACCACUCCACCCCCACCAUCACCCUGCAAGGUAACCAGACUACAGAGAUGCGGAAUCCCAACGCUGCCACCACUGGGGGCAAGCAGCGGGUACCCACGGGCAUGUCCUUCACCAACAUCUACUCCACCCUAGGUGCCGGGCCAAACCGCCUGUAUGACUACAGCCAACGCUUCGUGCUGGGCAUGGGCAGCAGCUCCAUCGAGCUGUGCGAGAGGGAGUUCCAGAGAGGAUCACUCAGCGACUCCAGUUCCUUCAUCGACACGCAGUGCGACAGCAGUGUCAGCAGCUACAGCAAGCAGGACGGCUACGUGCAAUUCGACAAGGACAGCAAGGCCUCCGCCUCCUCCUCAUCCCACUACUCCCAGUCCUCCUCCCAGAACUCAGACCUUACACGGCCCCUCCAGAAGCGCAUGCAGACCCACGUCUGACCUGUCCUGGGGUAUCCAGCCAUGGGUUGGGGCUAUGGGAAACACAGCUUCCAGAGACAGAGAAGGGAACUACGUUUGAAAGUUUAUUGUGUGUUUGUGGGAAGCCUUGAAAUAGGUGGCUUUAAUUCACAUUGGACUUGUUCAGACUUCUCUGUGUUCCAACCAGUGGAUCAAGAAGCCUUGCGUUCCCCCCACGUCCCAUCCUAAGCUCAUCAGAAACCACCUCCUGUUGCCCAGUUUUUCACUAACCCAUAAACAUACAGUAGUUGUGCCACAGAUAAUUAUUUUGCCAAUAUGGACACAACUCAAGUGUGGAGGUGGUUGUUGCACUGAUUUCAGUGGAAAUAGGAUCCCAUAUAAGACAGCAAAAUAACGCUGUGGCUUGGGGCUAGGAGUCUUGGUCUACAGCAAGUUCUCUUUCAAACAAAGCGAGACCACUCUCUUAUGGGUGGCAAAAGUAACCCAUCACUUGGUACGUGUAAGCCAAUAUUCUGCUGCUUUCUUAUAGUUCUAAGCACAACUGUGAAUGUGUGUUAAUUGUCAAAGCUUUUCCUCUCUCUUAUCCCCUCUCCCCCCAGCCUCCCCUCACACACACUGUAUGUUAAGCUUGGCUGAUCUAACUUCAUCCCGUGUGUGGGUGGAGUAAAACUCUCAACAUUUGCCCAGACUUGCCAAACAAUUAACUGAUGCCAGUCUUUUCCCCGGGCUCCCGGCCCUCAGAACUCUGCAGAUAAGGAGGCCCGUGAUCUCAACCGGAAAGCCUGAGUCGUCGUUUCACAGUUUGCCACUCUGAGAUAAAGGAAUAAUAUCAGUGUACAUUAUGCAUCUUUUAUUCGGCAUUCUUUAUUUUUACUCGGCUGUUUGAUUUUACUUGUUUUGAGGACUCGGACUGGAAAAUGAGAGUAGAGUUUGUUCCCCUUUUUUCUUCUUGUGUAUCAGAGCUUCUCAUCAUGUUGCUUUCCCAAUACCAUGUUAACACUGGAGCUCAGUCAAUCCAGACUGGAUACCUACUGUGAUCUAGCUGCUCAUCAAUGUCAAUGGAUAGGAAUAUAUGAUGUAAAUUGUUGUUUUGAUUUCCUGUAUUUUGUUCAUUUGGCUGCUGUGAGACUACUGUAUAUACGCUGACUGUUUUAAGUGAGCGUAUUAUUCAUACCAGAUAUGAAAGUUCACUUUUUUUACCAUUAUCAUUGUUGUCAUUUUAGUCGAGAGAUUAGGGAAACACAGAAACAAACCACAUCACUGAUUAAUACAAAAGGACUUGUAUGGUAGAUCCACAAUUCCUCCUCUCUGCUAGCUAGCCUGCUGUGGAGGGGCACACGGUCACAUGAAACACAGGGCAUGUCACGUACAGGACAAGUAGUAUAACACCAGGCAAGACCAAUCACGAUAAUGUUAAUCCAGUACAGCACACUGUAUUGGAGGAGAUAAUCAAUGUGGUUGUGUUGGUGAUAAUUACUAAAAUAUACAGUACAUCAUUUUGCCACCACACUACAUAUCACCACAUACCAUAUAGUCAGGCCUGAGCUACCAUACAGUACAAUACUUAUGAGUCCUCCAUUGUAGAGGUCUUAAGUAGGGUGGGGCAGAAUUACAGUAAUUAUCAAGGGCAGUUCUUGGAGUGUCAGUUAGUUACAGUAUAUUACUCGUCUGCAAUUCACCCUCACAAUUAUAUAAUAGGUUACAUCAUCAGUUAGCUUUCAAAAGCCUGUAAAAUAUGUUUUCCUGUGGGUGGCUUCUAGGUCUGUACAGACAGGCCCUGCUUUCUAACAUCAGUUUGAUUGGUAUUAGAUAUAUAUUAGAGAAGGGUAAAAUGUAGCCUAAUGCCAGGAAAACAACAUAUUCCAGUUUUACCGCAAUACAGUAGACACUGAGUUGUAAUGAUGAUGUAAUUUCCUGUUUUUCAAAUCUUAAACAGUCCUCUCGUAUCUAAUCAUUUUACAUGAGUCUUCUUCUGCGGGAAUACUCUGCCAAUGGAAUAGAUAAAUGUACGAACUAGUCCUUCACUUUUGUUGUCUUGCUGAAAAUUGACUAUCCUUUGUAAGAGUUAGACUGUACCUUCGACAAAUGAGAAAGUUGUUGCUGUAAGCACUUUACAUGUGAUUAUAUUCAAGGCAUUUCAAUGGGCUUUUCUACUUGAGUGGUGGUGGUUUGACUAAUUUUACAAAUGGAUUGGUGCCCAUUGUACGGCUUAAACACAAAAAGGUCUGUUUCAAUGCUGAUAAUUCAGCUUGGCUCUUAGAACACUGUAUAUAAAUCUCCAAUGCGCUCUGUAUAUAAUUUAGCAGUUAUUUAUUUUCUCAGUCAGUUUUCAGUAUAUUAGUGCAAAACAAAUCCCUAUACCAUCAAUAUUGUACAGACAGACAAUCAAUUUUCCGUUCCUUUUUUUUUCUCUCAGCAUUCAUUGACAUCUCCAACCAAGCUUGUCUUUGCAAACGAGUUGUUUGUGUGAGCAGUUUUUAAUCUCUUUGUGGCAGUCUCUCUCACACAGUUACACGGUCAAAGCUGUUUGGCUCUUGGGUGUGGCACGGGAACUCUUCAUGGGGUGAGAUGGGAGCUAGAAUGUCCCUAGAGAAAAGAGACUCUCUUUCACUUGUUUCCCUUCCCAGAUACAGCUCUGUCUUACUGAUGGGUUAGAAUGGUACCAACUGACUUGGGCUGUGGUGCAGCAACUCCAGACACACAACGUUUGUAAGGUUUAAUAACAUCUCUCUUUGUGUGACCAGCAAACUUCAUGGAUUAAUAAAUGAAAUGCUACUCUACCAACCUCCCACCGCCAACUUGCUACCGUGGGAGUCUGUAUAUCACCUGUGCCAUGCUCAUCACAUGUACUGCUGUGGGAAUCAAAGCCCAUGUGGGUACACGUACACCAGUCUGCAUGUUUGACCUGAGAAUGGGUGUUUGUUUGGCACCAGCUGGUGCUGUUUGCCAUGUUGUAGAAAUAUGCCUUGGCCAAACAGAUGAAUAAAUAUGCCUACAACGAUAACACGGGGUUGCUGCCCUUCCCUGAUAAAACACAACAUCCAUUUCCAGGGUCAUCGAGCCAGGGAGGUAAAUCCUCUAUUUUUCAGUGGUGUUGAAGACCACUGUUUGGUCCACAUUUUCCCCAUCCCACAAGGCUGUUUCUGGGUAGGGGAGAGAGCGGUGAGCUAGUCUCAGAUUAGUAGAUAUUUCUCUUUGUAAUGAUUUCUGUGCCCAGUGGCUAUAUUGCAUCAGUGACUUGUGCCCUGCAGAACCUUUUGCUUGGUCUGAAUUAAAUAGUAGAAAAAAAUAUAUGAAGAAAUAUAUCAUGCCAAACACUGAUACUGUCAUAAUGUAGCUCUGCCUGAAAAUUGUGGUUUUCACUAGGUUAUGUGUAGUUUCUCUCACCGAAUGAUGGCUUUACCAUCACUGAGAGAGUGCACAUGAGAAGAUGCCAACCAAACUGGAAAAACGGACAGUAAAUCUCUACAGUUACGGUGUAAAUGCUACAACACCCUCCAUUUUCUUUUCUACCAAUCAAUAUCUUGUUAGUCUUUCAGUAACAUGCUACAAAAAGAUAUUGACAUGGAAGUUUUAAAAGUCAAUAUAAAUAAUCCUCAACGUAUAUACUGUAAUGUAAAGAGAAAGUGAACAUUGUACUGGGUAAACCACUAUUUUCACGCAGUGGCCCUCUGUAUUUAAAACAAAUUUUAAAAAAUACGAAACUAAUGUAUUUUACCCGUACUGGUCUGUGAAUCUAUGAUGCUUUUGCUCUGUAUAUUGGUUGAAGAAAAAAGAUAAAAGAU